AUGUCAAUGUCCUCUCAACCCCAACAACCUGCAGUUGGCGGCGUCGUUUACCCAAACGCAGUCACAAGACCGCCGCCCAAUUCCCCUGCAUCUCCCUCGUCGGAUGGAUCGUUUGGGACGGUGUUCAUCAUUCUGGCUGUUAUUGUUGUUAUAUCAGCUGUAGCUUGUUGUCUUGGGCGUCUCUGCAACCGACGCCAUCCCAAACAUAAACCCCACAAACAAAGCCACAACUCUCACCCACAAGAAGGCCAAGUGGGGAACAUACAGUUCCAUAAGCAGCAAAGCCACGGCUUUCGUCCCAGAGAAAGGGAAAGAGACAUAGAGUUUGGGUUCGAUAAAAAUAUUGCAGCUUCGAAACCUGCUGGGAAUGGACAAACCAGAGGUUUCAAACAGUUUGGAAAUGGAGACAUCAAGUUUGAACCCAAGCUUGGAGGCGUAUAA